UCCUGCUUGCCCAUCACCAGGGGGUUGAGAGGAGUAUGACAGGUCUUUGUUGUCUGAAUAAAAAUCCGUGGCAGCUCCGGGGAGAGAACUCCUCCUACUAAAUUAUCAAAAAUGGGCUGGCUUUAGUCUCUUAACAAAUUGGACACAGCUCAGGCAGGAGCAGUCCCCAACCCAAUCUACAGGCACUGGGAACUUGCAAGCAGCCAGGGAACGCUGAAAAUAGCACGUCUUUUUCUUUCUUUGUGUUCAAAACUAUUUUCUUUCUUCACCAGAUUUUGUUUUCCUCCCCCCGCUGCAGUUGUUUCCCAUUAGUAACUCGAUCUCUCAGAGCAGUAAGAUUCGCCUUCUACGCCUCUUUUUCCCUCCGCCCGAAUUGUUUGUUUUCUGCACAUCUCCUUCAGGGAGCCUCUGAGGCUUCCCCCCAACUCUUCCCAGUUCUUUUUGCUUCCCCUCGGCCCCCCAAGCAGACCGAUUUCCACUCCGUCUGUUUCUUCUCCUCCUUUCUCUCCCUCUUUCCCUCCAUCCUCGAGCGUCUCUGCGCUCCUACAGGGCAGCCCUCUCUGGUCCCUUGCCUCCUUCACUCGGAUGAGCUGAAAGCCCCGGGCGUGUGUAUAUGGAAAUAGUGGGGUGCCGAGCAGAAGACAACUCGUGUCCUUUCCGCCCCCCAGCCAUGCUCUUCCACGGGAUCUCCGGAGGCCACAUCCAAGGCAUCAUGGAGGAGAUGGAGCGCAGAUCCAAGACUGAGGCCCGUCUGGCCAAAGGCGCCCAGCUCAACGGCCGCGACGCGGGCAUGCCCCCGCUCAGCCCGGAGAAGCCCGCCCUGUGCGCCGGCUGCGGGGGCAAGAUCUCGGACAGGUACUAUCUGCUGGCUGUGGACAAACAGUGGCAUCUGAGAUGCCUGAAGUGCUGUGAAUGUAAGCUGGCCCUCGAGUCCGAGCUCACCUGCUUUGCCAAGGACGGUAGCAUUUACUGCAAGGAGGAUUACUACAGAAGGUUCUCUGUGCAGAGAUGUGCCCGCUGCCACCUUGGCAUUUCCGCCUCGGAGAUGGUCAUGCGCGCCCGAGACUCUGUCUACCACCUGAGCUGCUUCACCUGCUCCACUUGCAACAAGACUCUGACCACGGGCGACCAUUUCGGCAUGAAGGACAGCCUGGUGUACUGCCGCGCCCACUUCGAGACCCUCUUGCAAGGAGAGUAUCCACCGCAGCUGAGCUACACGGAGCUGGCGGCCAAGAGCGGCGGCCUGGCCCUGCCUUACUUCAACGGUACGGGCACCGUGCAGAAAGGGCGGCCCCGGAAGCGGAAGAGCCCAGCGCUGGGAGUGGACAUCGUCAAUUACAACUCAGGUUGUAAUGAGAAUGAGGCAGACCACUUGGACCGGGACCAGCAGCCUUAUCCACCCUCGCAGAAGACCAAGCGCAUGCGAACCUCUUUCAAGCAUCACCAGCUCCGGACCAUGAAAUCCUACUUUGCCAUCAACCACAACCCGGAUGCCAAGGACCUCAAGCAGCUUGCCCAGAAAACAGGUCUGACCAAAAGAGUUUUGCAGGUUUGGUUCCAAAACGCACGAGCCAAAUUCAGAAGGAACCUUUUGCGGCAGGAGAAUGGGGGUGUUGAUAAAGCUGACGGCACGUCGCUUCCGGCCCCGCCCUCAGCAGACAGCGGAGCUCUCACUCCACCCGGCACUGCGACCACUUUAACAGACCUGACCAAUCCCACUAUCACUGUAGUGACAUCCGUGACCUCUAACAUGGACAGCCACGAAUCCGGAAGCCCCUCACAAACUACCUUAACAAACCUUUUCUAACAUUGGUUUUUUUUUUUAUUUUUUAAAUUCUUCCUCUUCUUUUUAUUAUUAUUCUAAUUAUUAUUAUUUUAUUAUUUACAAGACUUUUUUUUUUCUUCUAACCCACAAGAUAUUUGGGGAAUAAAAAUAACAGCUUGGUGUGUAGCAUCUGCAGCCACUUGGCAAAUGAGUUUACAGUAUUGUCUCCUUUAAGUGAAUAUAUUUUGUCUACAAAGUGUAUUUGGAUUUAAAAAAAUUAAUUAGAUCUUUCAGUUGGUAAGGAGAGUUUUUGAAUAAUUCUAAUAAGUGCCUCUUAAAAUUGUAUGUUACUUAUUUCCAGAAUCUCGAAGAAAAAAGAAAAAAGAGUGGUAUUAUUAUGGGCAAAUAAUCAUAUUCCCACUUAAAUGAUUAGGUUAAUAAAGAACCAGAUAAUUAAUUAGUUACUUUUUAAAUCUUGCAAUUGUAUGUGUGAUUAUGCAGUUUUGAAAACGUUACAUUUUUUAAAUCUUAAAACUGAAAACUUGUUUUUAGCAUUUCUAUUUCUUACCUGAACUGUUAAUUCAAGUGAGGAAUAUGAUGAAAUAAAAGAAUUAACUACAGACAUUUUAAAUAGUAAUGAUUAAUUAGGUGAGAAAUCUAUUACAGGAAUGUGACUUUUCCUUCUCUUAGGGGUGUACAACUCUAAAAACUUUUUACUUGGUUAUUUGUUUUUCAACAUUUGAAAAAUACUUAAGCUCCCUAUGUAUCUAUGAAAAUUCUGCAUUGAUUUUGACAUUCCAUACUUUUAACCUCCUAAAGCUAAAAACAAUAGCUCGGAAACCAUUCUUUCUAGUUACCUUUUUUUCCCAGGGAAAAUGGAAAUAAGCAAAAUAUAAUGUUUUAAGAAGUAAAAAAAUCAAUAUAAUUUAAUUAAUAGCUCUAUUAAUUGGCUUCAGCUGUACCAUGAUAUUGUAUCUGGCAUUCUAUAUGAAUAAUGUUUAAAAUACCCAGCCUGGUAGACUUAUACCAACAAUUGGUUUUGUUUUGUUUUAUUUUAUUUUGACAUAGGUUGACUUAUGUAUUGAAAAUAAUUUUUCUGAUAUUAGAGAUUUGAAGUUAUUAGUCUUAAAGUAGAUAAACUCAGAAGCCUUGUGGAUGCUGAUCUGAAUAUAUUUCCUAGUUUACAGUAGCAUUUUUUUCUUUUAAUUUAAGCUAAAAUCUUAAUGGUCUGGGCAGUGGUGAAUGUUCAUCUAUUACGCUUCUGUUGUAGUUAAAUACCAAUUAGAUUGUGGAUUUCCUAAAAAAAUAAAAAAGAAGUCAAGAUAUAUGUCUUGCUUUAGUGGAUUGUUAAGAAUAACUUUGCACAUAUUUUCCACUUUUUGGACCCCUUAAAUCUCCUUUGGUGGUCGAAGUGGCUAUUUAAUAGAUUUUAAAGGUGUCCUUCUGGCUGUAUAAAUGUGUGGUUACAUAUUGACAGUUCACUGCCCACAUUAAAGUGCAUUAUUGUAACUUUUGCUCAGGGUCUUUAGAAAAUUAGCACAGAAAGUAGCUUAUUUUUUAAAAAAAGAUGAUGGAAGAUAAGUUAACACUGUAACAGAAGAAAGGUGUGAUUGCCAUUAUAUAUUUAGCAAGUAUGGUUAUCAUCUUAUAUGGAGCUUAAAUCUUGACUUUUCAUAUUUCUAUUACAUUUUGGGCAUUUACCACUAACCAGACCAAACAACCUUGGUAAGGCUGAGAUCUUAUUAAUACACUUUUACAGGUAAAAUAUUGACACUUAUAAAUUUUGUUCUUUGACAGAACAAUAUAUGGUACUAUAUAGAUCUACUUUAUUAAGUAGACUAAUUAUAACUCAGUUCUCCUAUGUGCCUUAUGAUAUAACUUGGAAGUAAGUUUGUGAAAAAUCAGGAUAUAUGUGUUGUUUGUUAAAUUAACUGUUUUAAGCCCUUUUAACACCUCACUAGUUUUGUACUGUUUUACCUCUUAUUUCUGAAACUCUUUUUAUGGUGUAUCCUGUUAGAGGGGACAAACAUGUCAUAGAAAGCAGUUGUGCACUCUUUCAAAUAUAGUUGAUAAAUUCAAUAAUCUUAUAUAUUGAGCUUCGUGUUUAUAGUACAGUAAGUGGUCUAGCAAAAUUGUCCAUGUUUCUUUGUUUAUUGAUAAAUGCAUUGUAUAGAAACUAUUUCCCCUAAAUAUUUAUGGACCAAACAAUUGUGAUAUAUCCUAUUAAAUUUGUGUGAAUAAACCAUUUUGAAUCUAAGGAGUUUUCUUUCCCAUCAGUUUUAUUUAAGUUUUAACCGUACUAGUGUGUUCCAGCAUCUAUAUGUAAAAGCUAUUCAAAUGGUAAUACAACAUUGUUAGAAAUAUUUAAACAUACAAAUAGUUUUUAGAUUUCCAAACUUCUGAUUCAUAUGAAAUGUUACACAUUGUUGCACAUGCAGUGUAAUUCAACCUAGAAAUACCUUUGAAUAUAUUUGCUUAUAACAAAAGUAAUGCCCCACUGAUUUGACUCAGUCCAAUUUUUAGAAUAAAAAGGCUAAUUAGCAUAUAAAGUAAUUGCAUGGAACGAAACCUUAAAUAUGAUUAAGAUUUCAUGUUAGGUCUAUUGAGCACAAAUGGAUAUUUGUAAAUCUAAAUAGAAAUUGCAGACCCCUAAAAGCCAAGUUGCUCUGUAGUUAAUAAAUUGUCACUAUGAUUUUUUUCAGGGAGAACAAAUCUUGGGGCAUUACAGCCAAACAUCCCGACGUUUGAAAAUUCCCUAAAGUAUUAAAAGAAGGGGAAAAGUUUGAUCGGAAAUCCACUGCAGUGAAGACAAAGACACUAUUAGGUUAUGAUAAUCAUACAUUAAAAAAUUUAUUAAGCCAAAAAAAAGAGAGAGAGAGAGACUUAAAUGUCAUUUACUGAAUGUUAACGAAACUUGUGUUCUUUAUGGUGUCUAACACAACUGAAGGCCUAAAAUUAUGUGGUUUAAACAAAAUUAGAUAAACCAUGUACAAAACCAGAGCAACCUGGCAGUAAUAUGCCCACCCCAUAUUUGAAAAAAAUUAUUAUUGAAAAAAAUUUCACACAUUUGUCAAGCACAAAUAGUUGUAAAAUAAAGUCCAAAACAUUCAUUUCACCUGCUUGCUAAUGUGUAUUAGUCCUGUUAAUGGCAUUUUCCAACUGUAAAUUCAAAGAAAAGCUAUCACCCAUUUAAGAGUAUAGGGAUCAAACCCCAGUAAUUUUAGCAUUAUUGUUUAUCACUUCCUUUUUAAACAGAAAUCUCUGCAUGCACUUUUACAUAUGUCACCUCUAGUGUACACCUCUGUAUGAUGACUUAUCUUUGCUGUUUCUUGUAUGAUAAAUAGCUUUCAUUAAUAAACAUUUAUUUGAUGCAAA